AUGUUUGGUUUCAAGCUCUUCCUAGCCCUUGCGGUCCUCGCAACUACCUCCCAAACAGCACAGAUAAACAGGCCAUCCGUCAGAGACUCCACUAUCCUACGAUCAACAGUCAGCUGCCCCGACUGCCCUGAAAGUAACUGCUACAAGUGCCGUUAUGGCUCCGAAAAGACUCUACGCGCAAAUACCGGCGGUCUCGCCUGGAUCCAGAGCCUCGUUGGGUUCCGGCUCGACCUCCCUGACGACAUAUACCCCGACGAUAUCACCAAAUGCACCGUCCAAUUUCCGGCAUUUACGACGCUUCCAAAUUCCGCAUUCAACAUGACCGUCACUCCUGCCGUGUCGUCCGACUGGGACGAGGUGACCGUGAACGGGGAGAAUGCGCCUGCCUCGACGGACAAUAUCGCUCUUUACCAUGUGCCCGCGCUGACGAACCCGCCUCUUCUGGACGUUACAGAGGCUUGCUGGCUGGCUGACGAUGAUGGGCAGUUCUCAAUCUAUCUUGGGGCGGAGUUCGGUUCGUAUGAGAUUUGGUCGAAGGAUUCGGGGAAUCCAGCUGUUCUGCAUGUCUAUUAUGAUGACUAG